AUGGUGUCCGUCGCGGCGCGAGUGGUCAUCGCCACCAGAUGUCGCGAGACGCGUCUACUCCUCUGUGUUCCUGGGCAGCCCUGCUCCAGGCCGAGGGUGGCGGGUGGAGGGUGCGGCGCGAGGGGGAGGCGGCGUGAUGGAUGGCCCAAUCAGGCGGCGUGGCUGUGCCGGCCGCUAAUCGCGCAGUGCGCCCCGAGACUCGAACGCACACACACGUCCAGCACACACCAAAAGCGCAUCGCCUUCUAG